AUGGCUCAGGCCAUCUCUCCGGUGGUAUCUUCAGCCGUGGACUACGAUGCCACCGCACACGUCGAGCCUCCACCCACAACCUUUCCCUAUCCUGAGUCCAACAUACGGGACGAAGAUAGUGCGCGCCUUGAAUCGGAUGCCACUCUGCACGAAGGAAAUGAUGGUAGUCGUGAGGAACCCUUUCCGCAUAUCACAAGUCCCGAAUCGACAUCUGAGGGAGAACGGGAACGACCCCGCCCUGCUCCACGGAAAUUUCAAACCGACCUCGUGCAACCAGUCGCACCAAGGCAGCUCCCCCCUCUGCGAGCACAUUACUCAGCGUUAACGAAUAAAUUCGAUGAUACUACACCUGUUUCCAGCGACGACUCGUCCUCCGAAGAUGAAUCCGGACCAAGAAUUCAUAGAUCAUACACUCAGCAAGAGAGCAAUGUCCUUUCGAAAUCCCAGCUCAACCGGGUUCGUACACAUCCUCGGGACCGGGGAUUUACGGUUGGAAAUGACUUUUUUGAAUCUUCUAGCCGUAUAGCUAGAGAUGGAAGGCUGAGGAUCUCUGUCAAUGAAACAGCGAACAGUGGAUAUCUGGCAAAGGCCCUUGGGGCAACCAUUGAGAAUCACCUCACGCCUCAUAGUGCGCAAGAAGAAAAGGCCUCUCAACAGGCAAAGGCCGACUUCCUCCAGGCCAAAUCGAACUUGGUGGUUCCCCGUAUGAACAUAGUGAUAAUGGUUAUUGGUAGCCGUGGGGAUAUUCAGCCAUUCCUGAAGAUAGGAAAAAUUCUGAGAGACAAGUACCACCAUCGAGUCAGGAUUGCUACUCAUCCGACCUUCAAGAAAUUCAUACAAGAGGAGAUUGGGCUUGAGUUCUUUUCCGUGGGUGGCGAUCCGUCAGAGCUGAUGGCAUUUAUGGUCAAGAAUCCCGGGCUAGUGCCCUCCUUGGAAACCGUCAAGGCAGGGGAAAUCGGAAGACGAAGAGACUCCAUGUACCAAAUGUUCCAAGGCUUCUGGAGAGCCUGCAUCAAUGCGACGGACGACGAAACCGACACCGCUAACUUGAGAUUGAUGGGUGCAAAUGCCCCCUUUGUCGCUGAUGCUAUCAUCGCCAAUCCCCCAUCGUUCGCUCAUUAUCAUUGUGCGGAACGUCUAAGCAUCCCACUCCACCUCGUCUUCACCUUUCCCUACUCACCCACGCAAGCAUUUCCACAUCCUCUGGCCAAUAUCAAGGCUUCCAACGUGGAUCAGAGCUACACGAAUUUCAUGAGCUACCCAUUGGUAGAUCUGAUGACAUGGCAGGGUUUGGGUGACCUUGUGAAUCGAUUUCGUACUCAGACACUAGGCUUGGAACCUGUGUCCACUUUGUGGGCACCCGGUCAACUGUCUCGCCUCAAGGUACCCAUGACUUAUCUCUGGUCACCUGGACUUGUACCGAAGCCUCGCGACUGGGGUCCUGAGAUUGACAUUGCAGGCUAUGUUUUUCUCGACCUUGCUUCCUCCUACCACCCUCCAGACGAUCUUUCGAAGUUCUUGGAACGCUCCGACAGUCGAUCGAUCGUUUACAUUGGUUUUGGGUCUAUUUCCGGCAUUGAUGACCCUCGUGCUUUUACUGAAAUGAUCUUUGAAGGUGUAACCAAGGCAGGAGUACGAGCAAUAAUUAGCAGAGGGUGGGGAGGGAUGGGUGACGGCAUGGAUAAAUCCGACGACAUUUUCAUGGUAGAUAAUGUCCCCCAUGAUUGGUUAUUUCCCAAAGUCGACGCUGUUGUCCACCACGGAGGGGCUGGUACGACAGCGGCAGGUCUAAGGUAUGGCAAGCCUACACUGAUCGUUCCAUUUUUCGGAGAUCAGCCAUUUUGGAGUGCAAUGGUGGUCAAGGCGGGUGCUGGUGCGAAGGAGGCACUCCCUUUGAAGAAGCUCAACAGCGACAAGUUUGCUGCAGGAAUCCAGGAGUGUUUGCAACCAGAAGCCAAGACCAAUGCAGAAGCGAUUGCAAAGAGCAUCGAGGAAGAAGGGGACGGCGCAGAGAACGCGGUCGACUCGUUCCAUCGAGCGCUAGAUCUGGACGCAAUGCGUUGUCAGGUGUUCAAAGAUCGCGUGGCGGUCUGGAAAGUGAGACACACCGACAACCAGAUAUCUGCUCUCGCUGCCGACCUAUUGGUGGACAAUAAGCAAGUACAGUGGUCAGAUCUGCACUUGAGAAGAAUUCGAGAAUGGACCGAUUUUCAGGGGCCUGGGGAACCUAUCACAGGGGCUGGAGGCGUGUUUGUCUCUGCAUUCCAUGAGGCCUUUAAAGAACUCUGCCGGAUGCAUGAAACCACCAAAAGAGACUUCAAAACUUACGAGAAACGCCGCCAAAAGCAGAAGAACAAAUCUGUGGCCGAUGGUCUCCUCCUCCCAGGGCGAAUCGCAUACGCAACCAGAGGAACAAGCGUCGAAAUCCAGAGAAAGGAACAUGCACGACUACAGCAAGAGAUGAACUUGAGUGGCGAGGCUGAACCAUCCAAACAUCCACUGUCACUGACUCGAACCAAAGGAAAGUCACAAGAACCAUCAGAGCUAACUCGGGUAACGAGCACAUCAUCCAAUGCACCACCUGCUGCAGUGACCAUCAUCAAGGAUGUUAGUCAUGGAAUUGGUCGUUCCAGUCGAGCCAUCAUUUCGAUGCCAGUCAAGGUAUUCAAUGCUACAGCCCUGGGAUUCCACAACGCGCCUCGGUUAUACGGGGACAAAACCGUCCGACCUGCUCCUCAAAAAAUCACUGGAUUCCGCUCUGGUACCAAAGCUGCAGGAAAUGAAUUUGUUUUUGGUAUUUACGAUGGUGUGACAGGCCUCGUGCGACUUCCCUACCUCGAAGUUCAGGAACAUGGUCUCGUCGGAUUGCCCAAAGGAGUGGCGCGUGGUGUCGGGGGGUUCAUCUUGAAGCCAACAUCUGGGAUUCUUGGACUGGGCGCGUAUACCUUUACGGGAUUCCACAAAAGCAUGCGGCGACGGUUUCGCGACACGGAGAAAACAGAUCGUUGGAUUCGACGAGCAAGGAUUGCGCAAGGACAACGAGACUUUCAAACGCUCAAAGAAGAGCACCAAGAUAGUGCUGCGACACCAUCUUCUGAUCGGCAGAAAGAAUUAAACCAUGUGCGCGAUCAUGCACUGAGGCAGUGGAAGACGAUCGAGACGGAACUUGUAAAUGAAGCUCGCGCCAGAGAAAGUCGCAGUUCCAAGUGGAAUUGGCAACGUGAGCAAAGUCCUCUGGUCGAACAACAGCAGCGUGCACAAACAAAUUGA